GUUAGAUUAACCGAUGUCUAAAUAUUAAAAAUGGCGACUUCCAUACACGUGAAACCCAAGUCGAAAUGGAAAAAAAUCGAAAUCACCAAAGGAUUAGGGACAGGCCACGAUUUCUCUGGAUUGAUGUGUAUGGAAGAAUUAACUGAUUACGAAUUAAUAACUAAGACGCGAAAAAAUGUAUCUAAACAAGGAGCAAAGGAUACAAAAGAACCAGUAGGACCUGAAAAAUCUGAAAGAGAAAUUUCAAAGAAAAAAACAAAAGAUAAAAAGAAAAAGAAGAAAAAGAAGGAAGAAAAUACAACUGAAUCUCCAGGUGAAAUUGAAGCUACUGAUUCUGUGGAGAAAAAGAAGAAAAAGAAGAAACAGAAGAAAGGUGAUAUCAUAAAACUUUCCCAAGUACAAACUGUAUCAGAUUUAUCAGAGGAUUUAUUGAAGGAAGAGUCAACACAUUCAAAAAAGAAAAAGAAACAGAGAAAAAGAAAGAAAUCAGAAGACACCAAUCAAGGAGAAGGACCAAGUCCAAAGAAGAAAAAGAAGGCUGAUAAACCUGUGGUACCAGAUCUAGAGGGAAAAGAUGAAAAUGAAAACAAGCCUCAAGAGAAAGUCUCUGUUACAGAUAUGGCUGCGUGGAAGAAUAUGCAUGUACCAGCUCCAGUGCUGCUUGCACUAAAACAGGAUGGAUUUGCUGUACCCACCCCUAUACAGACCCUCGCCAUACCACACGCUAUUAGAGACCGACUGGACAUAGUUGGAGCUGCUGAAACUGGAAGUGGCAAGACUCUAGCGUUUGGUAUCCCAUUGAUAGACAAGAUCUUAAGAGUGAAACAGGAACAGGAAAACAGGAAGAAAAAGGGUGUCGAGGAAGAAGAGUGUGGCAGCGGCUCGGACAUAGAACCGCAGGAUGAAAUGAAUGAUGAAAUGAAUGAUGAAAUAGACAAUGAAGAUGACAAUGAAUCGGAUAACGAAAUGGUAGAUUCUGGUGAAGAAAGUGAAGAGGAAUUGCUGUUUGAGACAUCUGAUGAAGAUGACGAGGAGGAAGAAGUGGAACAGGAUGACACAGAGGAGGUUGAUAUAAGUGAGGACGAAAAUGAUGAAGAGGAAUUAGGGAGUGAGGAAGAGGAGGAAUUGGUUGAAGGUGAUGGAUUUGGAUGUGUGAAGGUGAUAGAUGACGCUGACUUCUCAGAUAUUGAUCCAAGUCUCCUGGGGCAGUUUGAGCCAGUGAAGACACCAAAGUAUCCUCAGAAACCACCGAUGGCCCUUAUAUUGGAGCCAACACGUGAACUGGCAGUACAGGUGAAGAACCACCUCCUCCGUAUCAUCAGGCAUACUGAUAUCAAGGUGGUCACAGUUGUGGGUGGCCUGUCCAUGGAGAAACAGCUAAGAGUCAUGAAGAAGUGUCCAGAGGUGGUGGUGGCUACACCUGGGCGUCUGUGGGAGCUUGUACAACAGGACAACUCAUACCUGUCACAGGUGUCAGAGAUUAGGUGUCUGGUAGUCGACGAGGCAGACAGGAUGAUAGAAAAAGGACACUUCCAGGAGCUAACUCACAUCCUCAACCACAUCAACAGAGAUGCAGAGAAGAAACUAAAAAGACAAACAUUUGUGUUCUCCGCCACGCUAACGACUAUCCACUCAGGACCCCACAGGCAUCUCAACAAGAAGGUUAAGGUCACAGAGGAGCUGAAGCUGGAAAAGCUGAUGAAAACAAUUGGUCUAAAGGAUCGACCCAAGAUCAUUGACCUCACAAGGAAGAUUGGCACUGUAGAGACACUGACCGAGGCUCGUAUCAACUGUACGAUGGAUGAGAAGGACCUGCACCUGUACUACUUCUUGAAUCAGUAUCCUGGUCGUACUUUGGUGUUUGCCAACAGUAAGGACUGUAUCAGGCGCCUUGUGUCUGUGUUAACCCUCCUAAACGUCAACCCUCUUCCACUUCAUGCAGACAUGCACCAGAAACAGAGGCUUAAAAACCUCGAGAAAUUCACAGACAACCCCAGGGGUCUUUUAUUGGCAUCUGAUGUUGCAGCGCGAGGUUUGGACAUACCUAAUGUCCAGCAUGUUGUCCACUACCAGGUCCCACACACCGUUGAGAACUAUAUCCACCGCAGUGGGAGGACGGCCCGAGCCACCAAGGAGGGACUCAGUAUCAUGUUAGUAGGUCAGGGGGACGUCAAAAACUACCGCAAGGUCGUCGGCUCUCUCAACAGAAGCGAGGAGCUACCAGUGUUCCCAGUCAACCAUCAGAUCCUUACAGUCAUCAAAGAGCGGGUCGAUUUGGCCAAACAGCUGGACAAGCUAGAACACAGUGUGUCCAAACAGAAGCGACAGAACAGCUGGUUUGAGAAGGCGUCCAAGGAGGUGGACAUAGACCUGGAUGAGACUCUACUGAAUGACCUUGGGGACUCACACUACCAGUCCACACAGAAGCAGCAAAUUAAGUUCCUGAAUGCAGAACUCAAGGCUCUGCUGAAGACAUCAGUCAUUCCGAAAAACUUUUCUGGGAAGUACCCAACAAGGACAGGACGCCUAGUGAUACCCCACACCCAAGCUUUGACAAAAGAUGCAAUUGAGAAUGUGAAAAAUGACCGAAAGAGUCAACAGAAAAUGAUGGACAAAAUACGAGUGGCCGCACUGACUGCUAAACCUGGGCCCGAGAAAAAGAAGAAAAAAUGGAAAAAGAAAUGGGGAAAAUAAACUCUGUUAUAAAAUGUAGAUUUUCUGUUUUCUGUGUCCUGUUUUGUAUAAAAUGUCGGAACUGAUAUUAUGAGUUGUUUAGCACAAAGCA